AUGCCUGUGGCCUCCACAAGGACAGAGCCUGUGCCCCAGGUGCUGGAUGUGAUGAGUGACAGCACAACCAGCUCGACCACGGCCAAUGACCUGGACCUCAUCUACCUCAAAGGAAUUAUGGAGAGCCCUCAGCAGAGAGCUUUGCAUGAACACGAGGAGAGCCUGAGGGAGCCACACCUCUCGGCGGUCAGGGAGAACAACGUGGAGCUCCUGCUGGAGAUCCUCAGAGAUCUGGACCCCUUCACACACCGUUCGGACACUGCAGCUGAGCUUUCCUGCAUUCUCACAAAGCCUCAUUUCCAGUCUUUACUGGAGACUCAUGAUUCAGUGGCAUCCCAGGCAUGUGAUAGCCCACCCCCUAGCCCCUGUGAUGUAGUGGAUCAUGAAGCAGAGGAUGGCCACACACACAACCAGCACCCGCCACCUGAUGCAGUCCGCAUGGUGGGCAUACGGAAAGUGGCGGGGGAGCAUCUGGGGGUGACAUUCAAGGUGGAGGCUGGGGAGCUGGUGAUAGCCCGCAUCCUGCAGGGUGGUAUGAUAGACCAGCAAGGACUGCUUCAUGUUGGAGAUAUCAUCAAAGAGGUGAAUGGGAGAGAGGUGGGCCAAGACCCCAGGGUGAUCCAGGAGGAACUGCAAGCAACCAGCGGAAGUGUGGUUCUGAAGAUACUGCCAAGCUACCAUGAAGCCAUACCACCAAGACAGGUGUUCUUUAAAUGUCACUAUGACUACGACCCAGCCAAUGACAACCUAAUUCCUUGUAAGGAGGCGGCCCUAAGGUUUGAGACAGGGGACAUCCUGAAGAUAGUCAAUCAGGAUGAUGUCAACUGGUGGCAGGCCCGUCAUGUGGAGGGUGGCAGCACAGGGCUGAUUCCAAGUCAGAUGCUCGAGGAGAAAAGGAAAGCAUUCGUCAAGAGAGAUGUGGAACUGGCACCAGCAGGAAAUCUUUGUACUGGUGUUGGAGGGAAGAAGAAGAAGAAAGUGAUGUACGUGACCACCAAAAAUGCAGAUUUUGACAGACAUGAGAUAUUGCUGUAUGAGGAAGUAGCCAAGGUCCCACCUUUUAAGAGGAAAACUCUGAUCGUGAUCGGGGCCCAGGGUGUGGGGAGGCGGAGACUGAAAAACAUGCUUUUACUGAAAGAUCCACAGCUCUUUGGUACCACCAUCCCAUAUACCUCCAGAAAGCCCCAAAAAGAGGAGCGGGACAGUCGGAUGUAUGCCUUCACCAGCCGCAGCAAAAUGGAAACUGAUAUCAAGAAUGGGCGCUACCUUGAACAUGGAGAGUAUGACGGCAGCCACUAUGGAAUCAAGAUCGACUCCAUACAUGAGGUGGUGGAGGCAGGACGCAUCUGCAUUCUGGAUGCCAACCCUCAGUCUCUCAAAGUGCUGAGGACCUCUGAGUUCUUACCCUACGUGGUGUUCCUCCAGUCUCCAGACUUCGAGGUGCUCAAGGCAAUGAACCAGUCCGCUGUAGAUGCAGAAGUUGUUACUAAAACACUGACGGAUGAAGAGAUGCAGAGGACGUGUGACGAGACUGCUAAAAUCCAGGCAGCAUAUGGUCACUUCUUCGAUCUCAGCAUCGUUAAUGACAACCUGGAUGAGACCUACCGCACGGUCAAAGCCGCCCUGGAAACGGUGUCCAAAAACCCACAGUGGGUCCCCGUCACCUGGGUGUUCUAG